AUGCACCAGCUGGUCUUAAAAUUUAAAGAGAAGUGUGUGGACACAUUUUUAAGUAAAGUAAUUAUAACACCAGUUUUAAUAGAGAAAGUUAUGGAACUGACAAGUGGCCAAUCAAAGAGUAAUCUUUGGUUUGAAUUGAGAUAUGGUCGGCUAACUGCAUCAAGAGCUUUUGAAAUCAGCCGUAGCAAAGUCUCUGAUGGCACACUUGUUUCAUUAAUAUUAGGUGGUAAAGUUCCAGAAACAAAACAUAUGAAACGUGGUUGUGUACUAGAAGACCAGGUGAGAAUGAUUGUGGAAAAAAUGCUGUGCAAGAAAAUUAAGAAGUGUGGCCUGGUAUUGAGUUCUAAAUAUCCAAUGAUUGCUGGUUCUCCAGAUGGGAUAUGUGAGGAUAGCAUAAUAGAAAUUAAAUGUCCUAUUAGUUUAAAAACUUAUGUCAAUUAUGUUAAGAAUGGCCAGCCUACAGAAAAAUGUAAUGUCCAAAUACAAUUACAAAUGUAUUUGACUGGGAAGAAACAUGCUUUCUUUUGUGUAGCUGAUCCUGACUUUGCUAUAAAUAAAAAAGUGGAAAUUAUAAGUGUGCAAAUCAAUCACGAAUAUAUGGAAAAAUUUAUCAGCGAGAAAUUAGUGCCCUUUUGGAAACGUAAUAUAUAUCCAUUAUUAUAUAAGAGUGUAAUAUAA